AUGUUAACAACGAACAAUGAGGACAUUCUGGCGACAAGCUCCAGGCCACCGCCACAGAAGGAUCGCAAUACUCAUGAAGUCCAUGAAGAACCUCAUUUGACAGUAGCAUGCCGAAGAUGCCGCAAACAAAAAUUGCGUUGUACGAGGGACUCGCCAGCAUGCAAAAGAUGCAAAGACCUUUCAGUCCCAUGCAGUUACCCGCCACCACCAGAUAGGAAACUAUUAGCAAAUCAAAGAUGGCAGAAUGCAAAGGCUCGCGCCCAGGCUGAUGCUGGUAGAGCUGUCAAUUCAACUGAACAGCAUCAGCUUCCUCUUAUGUCUAGCGUAAUCACGACUUCUCUAACACCCGCGUCAAAUGGUCAACAGAAAACUGGUGGGAAUUAUAGUGUUAUGACAAUUGAUGAAACUUUAAUGCCACCUCCUGAUGUGGCUGAUUUCCUUAUUGAACUCUAUUUUAAGCAUUUUUCUCAUUCUUCAUUAUUGUUCCAUAAGGAAACUUUCUUAGGAGACUUUGCGGCAGGACGUAUUGCGGAUUUUGUGGCUAUGAGUGUUUUCGCACUUGCUACCGUAAGUUUACGAGGAACUGGCCUCGAAGAAGAUAUGAUAAAGGCUGGAGAUACAACCGUUUCCAAAUCCAAAGUUUGCGAGCAAGGACGAGCGUGGGCUGUCACAUCAAACCUGCGUACACUUAGUCAAUGUGACAUACCUAAGGUGGAGACCAUCCAAGCGUGUCAAAACCUAGCACUGUAUUGGUACUCAAAUGGCGAAGUUGCCAGAACUCAUAUGCACGGUCACAUCGCUUGGAAAACGGCACAAAGCAUUUAUGCAAAUCAGCUUGGCAAGUCUGGAAAAGAUUCGGAAUUCAAUCGCCAUAGUCAUGAAGCUGAAAUGUCAAGAAGGACGUACUGGGCUGCUUGGCUUAGUUGUAUAGUUCAGAACGAAGACGCCGCCACGAAGCCUUGGCAAAGAGUUCCUGGACUGCUGCUUCCUUCUGAUGACAGCUACGAGUGCGGAAGAAUGGUGAAAGGUCACUUCUUCGACGAAAAUGGCUAUAUACAACAAAUAGAAUCCGUGGCCCAAGGAUCAACAAGAAUCGCAACACCAGAAGGAGCAAUGCUUGUACUUUUUGCUUUAUGGUCCGAGAUACGGAGCUUUGUGGAUUCCUGUGCAGUUACCGAAGGCAAAGAUGUCUCACAAAUUGUAGCUACCUUUUUAGACCUUGACACAAGACUUGGUCUCGUUCUCAAUCGUCUUGGACCUGAAAUUCGGUACCCGGAAUUUUCAAGGGUUUCCAAAGUACCAAUAGUCAGGAGUUUUUUUCUCAACAGCAUAUACCGAUUGUGUUCGAUGAGUUUACAUUCUGCGCUGGUUCCUGUGUUCUCUACAUACCCACCACACCUUUCGAUACCAAAGAGGAUGGUAAGACUUUCAGCAGAAGAGGUUGUUAAGCAGGCUUCGAUCACUUUAGAUAUGGCAUCCGCAUUCUUAUCGACUGACCCAGAUUUCAAGAAUGUCCCGAGUACUACAGCUUAUACGUUAUUGGUGGCGAUAACUAUACAUUUCAAAUCUCUCGUGGCACAGAAAAAGCUUCGGGUGAAUACGUUUGUUCGCUUUAAGGCUGCUUUGAUAAUUAUCAAGAGGAUUAGAAUAUACUGGACUACGUUAAAUAUGCUCUGGGAGAAGCUAGAAAUGUUUUUCAAAGAUGCAGGAUUUGACAUCAAUGUAAUAUGUGGCAUUUCUGAUCGUUUUACAAACCCAGAUGAUCAGCCCGCAGAUAUCGAGAAGAUUGUGUCAACUGAUAGUCCACGAGUCAAUGGCUGUUCGACCAAAUUUUCUGAUUUCAUAGCAGAUUCUGCUCACUGUUCAUCUGGUGUUAGCGAUUCCCAACCAAGUUCAGUUUGCAAAUCGGAGGUAAAUCCUAGGACGCCAGCAAGCUCGGUAAACAACGCAAGAACUACACGACCUCUUGCCACCCAGCCUCCGCUACCUGGGAGGAAUAUUCACUCUGCUUCCAAGGUCUCUGGAAACAGCAUUUCAUCAAUAUUACAAGCGGAACCACAGCCUCAGACACAAAAACCACUUCAUCAGCAAGCCUUAGAGAAUCAGCGUGGAAACACUUCACAUACUGCAGGCUUCUGGCACCUCGAGGCUUCUGGUGAGCGUCAACAGUUGCACGCAAAUACCUUGCAGACAACUGGAUUGACGGCAGUUCCCAAUGAUGGAAUGAGCACUCUCAACCACCCAGCCGCACCUCGGCAGCUAUUUGAUCCAUCAAUGGCACCGUUUGAGUCUGAGAUGCUUGGGGAUCAGCUCGGCUUUUGGUGGGAUCAAUCAUAUGAGUCGCUCGAACCUGUUACCGAUCCUCAACUUUAUUAUCAUACGAGUUACCCGUACAAUCCGUACUCAUUUGGAUAG